AUAUUCCAUAUAUAUAUAUAUAUAUAUGUAAAAGUUGUAAUAUUUUCUUUAAGAACAUUUGGAAAAAAAUCAACCAUUGAUUUUUUUCCGAAUGUUUUUAAAGAAACAUUUUUUUUAACAUUUCUUUUUUUCCACCAAAAAAUGUUCAAAAAUUUCCCCCCAAAAUUUGAAAAUGUGGAAGUUUUCAUUGUGAAAAUAUAUAUAUAUUUUUUCCCACAUUUUUGAACUUUAAAUUGGGUCAAUCUGACCCGCAGGAUGACAGGAGGGUUAAAACAAGAUAAUUUCAAGAUUGUUUUACUUAAGAAGAUAUUUAAGAUGCAUUGUCUUAAAACAAGUCCCUCCAUCUUGCUGAAAUGUCACUUGUUAAGUGAAUUUAUCUUAAAUCAAGUGGGAUGAGACAUUUUGACUAAAAAUAAGACAAACUUGGUAAGAUUUUGAGUUUUUGCAGUGCAGGCUGCUGGUUGUGUUAGUUGUAUAGAUAUUUUUUUCUUAACUGUGCUGCAGCGUUCUCAACCCGUAGCUUCUAAACCACACUGAAGAUAUUCCUGCCUGUUUGUGCAGGAUCGGCUGGGCCUCGCAGCGAUGGACAAAGCUGGAAAGCUGGUUUUUCUGGCCACCGAGGGCGACCACCUGCAGUUUACCAGAGAGUGGUUCAAUGCCAACCUGCUGCCUUACUUACGCUAGAGCACGUCUGCAUGCCCAUGGAUUAUUUCAACAUUGUACAUUUUCAUAGCUGCACUUGAUUUAAGAGCAAUAUAAUGGAGGUUAUGGGUAAACUGGAAAACGUGUGCAGACAGCACAUGAUUCCUUCCUUUUGCCCUGAUCACUUCAUGACAGUCGAUUCUUGUUUUGUGAUGCCAUAUUAAUAUGAUCAGGUUGUUAGUAUGUUAGCUUACUCCUGUACUACCACUACUGGGCUGUUAAUGUCAUUUUAAAUGUGAGCUGCUCUGAUGAGGUCAACUGUUGGCAGAAAUAUUGUUUUGUUUUUUUUGUUUUGUUUUUUUUUUUGUAAAGGUUUUAGAAUAAGAAAAGGCCUAAAAUAAAUCAUUUUACUGUAAAAUGAUGCUUCUGUACAUAUUAUGCAUUUCAUCCAAUAAAGAUGCCAAGAAAAAGAUCUCUUGACUAAUGAGCAGAUUUCUGUUUUCAAAAAAGUUUUUAUUUCAAAGACAAAUGUACCAAUGCAAAAAUGUUAACAUGAAAAUUGGACAGAAAGAGCUAAGAUGUAAAAAAAAUGUCCAUUUUGUCUAAAUGUGUGGUCUUUAACUGCAGCCAGCUAACUAGUGACGGAAUAUUACAGCGUACAGGUGAACUAGUGAAGGCCGAACGUCCACCAGUUGAGUUUGUUUGGGUCUUCCUGGCCUUACUGGUGAGGGGGAAAAAAAAGGUACUAAUUAAGUAACGCGUGCCAAAACGUCCAUUACUUACAUUAGUGGGGAUGUUUGGACCUUAUUAGGUUAAUUAGCAAACCUCAGUGUGUUCCCUAGUAGAAGCCAAAGUGUUUAUUUUAUCAUUUUUGAAGUGGUCUGCCGGAGUGGCACAGCUUGCAGAAUGUUACAGAGUUCAAAGACGGGCAGGGGCGGAGCCAAUGGAUGAGCAUUCCAUGGGUGUGUGUGUGUGUAGUUGUGUAUAUAAAUUCUGGGGUCUUCGUUUAACGUUGUGUGAGGUCCUGUACCUUCACUGAUGUGGCUCAAUGUAGAGCUUCUUAAAUACUGUAUUAGAUGCAGGUAUCACUUCUACUGGGGCCUGUUCCCACAAUAAAGUGUGCUGAGAUACGUUACAAUAAGGGGUAAGUUGUUAUUGAGUAAGUUGAAAUAAUAAACAUUGUUUUUUCACCUUCUCUCACUCAAGGUACACCAGUAUAUUUAAAACAUUUGAUUGCUGACCACCACAAACUAUUUAAGCACUUGUAUCCACACAAAAGCUUGAUUGCUCAGCACCUUUUUGUGAUCCACUACCCACCUUCUAUAAGGAAAAUUUUCCCCUUCUUAUAAACACCAAUCAGCCAUAACAUUAUGACCACUGACAGGUGAAGUGAAUAACCUGGACCCUGAAAAGGCCAGGAAGGGACCAAUUGAAACCAGGUCAUAAAGUGUGCUGAGAUACGUUACAAUAAGGGGUAAGUUGUUAUUGAGUAAGUUGAAAUAAUAAACAUUGUUUUUUCACCUUCUCUCACUCAAACACAGCCCUGUUUUUAAAACCACUGAACUGGAUUUAAAACCAUUUAAAAACACAUGCUGUGGUCUGUCCAUUAAAAAGUCCUUUAUCCAUAAAAUCAGUGUGGGGUGAACGUGGAGGUCAGAGAGGCGAUGUAGCAGGGUGUUGUUAUUUACAGUGUUAAAAGCAGCUGAAAAGUCCAUGAAUAAAAUUCUUGUGUGUGGGUGUGUGGAGUCCAGUUGUUUAGUGACUGUAUCUAAAAGAGUGAGGACUUGCAUCAUCAGUACCUCUUUUUGUUUUGUAGGCAAACUGGAGUGGAUCCAGUUUGCCUUCAAGCUCACCCAACAGCUGAUGGCAUACAACUCACUCCAUGCAUUUGUAGAGGAUGGAUGUCAGGGCCACUGGUCUGUAGUCCUUCAGGUCUUUCGGUUUUGUGUUUUUGGGGAUAGGAAUGAUGGUGGAUUCCUUCCACUGUUUUGGAAUGAUGCCUGAGUCCAAGAGGUGCUGAAACAACCCGGUAAACACUCCACCUAGCUGGAUGAAACAGUCCUUCAGUACCCUGCCCCUGAGCCUGUCUGGGCCAGUGGCUUUGUUGGGGUUUACUUUGCGUACGAUGGAGGUUGCCAGGUGUUUGUUGAUGGUGAGUGCUUGUGUGGGGGGACUGAGGGGUGCUGGGGUCCAGGUGAUGGGUGAGAUGUUACUGUUCAAACGGGUGAAGAAGAUGUUGAGCUGUUCUGCAAGAGAGGCGGAGUCUGAAAGUCGACCACUGCAGGCUUGGAUGAUCUGCCCAUCAUGAUGUUGAGACCCUGCCAUGCUUGUCUUGCAUUUCCUGAUGUUAUUUUUUUCUCCAUCUCGUCCUUGCACCUGAUUUUAGCCAACUUGGCCUUCCUCCAGAAUUCUUUCUGUAGCUCCCUCAUUCUGGCUUUGUCACCUUGUAGGAAAGCCUUUUUCUUUUCCACUAAACAGGCUUUCAUGUCCUUGGUGACCCACUUCUUGUUGUUUGGGUGGAUGGUUACCUGUUUAGUUUGGGUGACAGUUUCUUCACAGAAGAUAAUGUAUGAGGUGAGUACAUCAGAAAGUCUGCUAAAAUCAUCCUCGCAGUCAUUAAAAACAUUUCCCAGUCUGUUAGGUCAAAACAGCCCCUUAGUGUCUCAGACACAUCCUCAUUCCAGAUCUUAAUGUUUUUUGUGAUUGUCCCCUCUGUCUUCAGUCGUGACCUGUAUUUUGGCAGCAGUAGGAUCAUGUUAUGGUCUGAAAGGCCUAAAGGUGGACAUGGUUUUGAUAUGUAUGCCCCAGGUAUAUUACCACGGCACAAGUCCAGUGUAUUAUGAUGGCGACAGGUCAGUUUUUCAUAAAAUGCUAGAAAUAGUGAUUAUUGUUAACUUUGAACAGAGUUUAAGAAACAAGAUGGCAGCAGGGCUAUUUUGAUGCACUUCUGAAAGGACAGAUUUUAGUUUACCAUGGAGGCAUUUUUAGAAACCAGGUGGCAAAUGUUCCGUCUUUCAUUAAAAGCUAAAAAUUCAGAUGUUUGUUAACCCUAGAGAAAGUUUAAGAAACAAAAUGCUGGCCAGGACAGUUUAAAAAAAUUUAUAAAAUGCUGAAAAUAUAGAUUUUUCUUAACCAUGAAGACAAGAUUGCGACUGACAUUUUUCAUAAAAUGCUAAAAAUGUAGAUAUUUGUUAAUUAUGGAGAAAGUUUAAGAAACAAGAUGUCCACAGGGUGCUUUUUUUUAAGCAAAAUGCUAAAAGAAAUAUUGACUUUUGUUAACCAUUGAGAAAAUUUUAGGAACAAGAUGGCACCAGCAUUAUUUAUUUUUUUUAUUUAUAAAAUGAUAAAAAUACAGAUUUUUGCUAACCUUGGAGAAACUUUCAGAAACAGACAAGUUUGCAGUAGGACUUUUUUUUAAAUGCUAACAGUAUGCAUUUUUGGUAACCAUGGAGACUGUGGUGCUGUGAAGCAUGUGGGGAAACGUCAUGACGUCAGAACGUACAGGUGUAAACACAACAGCUGAGUUUAGCAGGUUGAAAAUGUUGUGGGAGACUCAGAUGGUUUUAAGUUCAGAGCUGAUCCGGUUUGUGAACUGAUGUUCAGAUGUUGUUUAAAACACAGCGUCAGAUUUGAGCUGAACUGAGCUCAGCUCUCAGUGGAAUCUGUCAUCUAAAUCCUUAAACUCCACAUGUUGUUAUUUCAUCACUCUGAAAAGUGUUUUCAGUCUGAAUCAGAGUCCGAGAGCUGUUGUGCUCUUUUAUUCUGAACUGUGUCAGUGACUGUAUGCUCAUGCACGCAUUUUGAUUUCCAGUUUCUAACUUGGAGACUGUAUUGUGACAGAACAUCAUGCGUUUGUGUGCUUAUUUCUCAGACGGUCUGUUGUUGGUUGCACAUGAUGCUGAGGUUCAGCAUGCAUAAUCAUGACUGCGGUUUUGUGCGCCACAGCUGGUUAAUGUAUCAGUGUUUUAUAGCGGUGAUGGAGAAUGUGGCAUCAUCUUACUACCACAGUGCACAUAGUACCAUUAAAAGGUCUCUGUUAAUCUCUCUUUCUCUGCUUCCUCCCUCGAGUCUUCACCCAGCUCUCCUCCUCACACUCUCACUUCUUCUUUUACCUCCAUCCCAAACUUCUUACGCAGCUUUUCCCCUUCCACACCUCCUCCCUCCCUCCUUAUCUAUUCCUCUGCUCCCUCCCCAAGACUCCUUUCUAACAUCUCCCCUUCCCCUCUAACACUUCCUCCUCCUCCCAACUCACAUCUCCUCCCUCCCUUAUUUUCUUUUGCAAUCUCCCCUCCCCAAGUGUCUCCUACUCCCUCCCUAGCUUCUCUUCCUCUAGCUCCUCCUCCUCUGUCUUUUCCACCAACUCUAGCUUGUACUCCUCCUCUAACUCCUCUCCAACUUUAGGGCCUCCUGAAGGUGAACCUCCGGCAAAAUGCCCUAAAACUUGACCUUAAUUAAUUUUAACCACAUUUUUUUGUCACUGUGUUGUAGUUUCCUCUCCAAAAACAAGGUCUGCUGGCCAACGAGGUAAUUAAGAUGAAUCCACAGCUGCCGCAUGUAAAGGGCUGACUUCUGAUGACUCCAGGAACCAAGACGAAAAGACACCUGAAAAAGAGAACCCCGGUAGAUGAAGGGACAAGACACAGCUCCAGCAGUUAGAUGACGGAGGACGGAACCCACCAGAAGAGAACGAUGCUCAGAGAUGAGGAGCCUGGAGAAGCAGGAUGCACUGAUCUUUCCACAACGACCCCCCCUGAAGAAUCGCCCCCUUAUCCUGGUGGAGGCUUUAUGUGUCCCUGUGAUCCUAGGAAUUGUGCUGUCAGGGACAGUAGCCCCAAAUCUCCAAAGUGAGCUGGUCCCAGACCAAGAGCGCUUCACAAAACCUGAAUGAAUUUGACGACAAGGAACAGCAAACAAGACCCCUUUUGGAGCUGAGUGAAAAGAAGUGGAGCUGGUGUGGGAGGUGGAGCAGUAGUUCUAAUGGAGGAGUCUGAGAGACAUCAUUCAACAGCACCGACUUCUGAUGACUCAUGAACCCAAGAAGAAAAGACGAGUGGACGGAGGACCCCAGUAGACCAAGAGAAGAGACACAGUUCCAGGAGUUGCAUAAAGACGACAGACUGAGCCCACCAGAAGGGAACCCAGAGAUGAGGAACAGUCUGCGAUGAGAAACAUAAAUGACUUUCUAGGGAGCUUGAUGCACUGAGCUGCCACCAUGACACCAAGUAAUUUCAAAAAACAAUCAGAGACAAAGGAAAAGUCCCAAAGAAGAAGGAAAUGAGCAACAGAAGCAAGAUGAGAAAAGAAAUGACCGAAACGGAUCCAGGACCAGAACAUGAGAUGACAAAUAACACAAGCUAAGUCCAUGAAGCAAACUGACUCAUUAGAUAUUUCAUAUGCUCUGUUUUUGUUCUCUUUCGAACUCUCUCCAAGACCCACAACAACAAGAAGGAUCAGAGCAGAACAAGGAACCAGAUGUGGAACAAUGAGCAAAGAAUCCCUGUCACAGAGAAAUACAAGAGGAGGAAUCCAGAGAAAACUCCUGCAGUCAGAGAGAGAACAUGAACUCCACACAUGAAGAACGAGCCGACCAGCAGCCUUCACCUUUGCACCAGCACGGCAACCAUGAAAACACCUCAAGAUGUCCACUGGAAUUGGAUGUUGCUGUCCAGAUUUGUUCUGUCUCAAUGAAAGAAGCUCCUCUCUUGAAUAAACUCUUCUCCGAGCAGAAACCUCCAUCAGCAGCUGACGAAUCACAACAAAAUGUGAAAGAAUACAGCAAAAAUACAGCAAAAACUUAAAACAGUUAAGAAACACCAAACUCUGCAGCCACUUUCAGAGGUGCAGAUUCCGGAAUAUACGUAGUACAGUUGUCUGAGUCCCUACUUUUCUUACCACACUGAGGCAGCAAAAGAAAUGGUCAGACGAGCCCCAGGGUGAGGAAAGAUAGAAGAAUCGGCCCCAAGACGAGGUGAGGAAGACGACGAGGAACAGCUUAAAACAGUGAAGAAGACGACAGAACCAGGAAGAGGGAAAACGAAAAUGAAGAAGAGCUCUGGAUAAGAAUAAGACAGCUUCGGACAAGAGCAGAUACCAAACUGAUGCUGGACUGAUGCUGGACUGAUGCUGGACUGAGACUGGACUGAGACUGGACUCAAAGGAGAAAAAAAAAGGAGAAAAAGCCUCAAAUAAAAGGCCUGUAUUUGUUUCUACCUUUUCCAUUAUAGGCUCUUCUUUAAGAGUAGAUUUUACAGAAACAUAUUUUAUGGCUGGAAAAUCAGAAUAGCCAAAAACAAACAAAACCAAGCAAAGAAACAGCACUAUUUUAAAACCAUUGGAUAUCUCUCACGUAGACAAAAUGUAUUUGAAUAUUUUACUGUUUGUUUGAAAACUUGGGAUAAAUACACAGAAUGGUAAAGUGACUGAUUACAUAGAAAUGCUGCACAUCAUAAUAUUAAGAAAAAUGAAAAUAUCCCUCAUUAUUUGGCCAUAUAAAAGUUUCUACAGUGGUUUAAUAUAUGCAGUCUUGUAGUAAUUUUUAACGUGUAAAUAUAUAAUUGGAACGUAAUGUUGAUGAGCAGAGUUGGAAUUCUGUGAAGGUGGUUGUAAACAAUUCUACAGCGUUUAUCAAUUUAACUUAUUCAUUCUAAUUCCCACAAACUCCUUCAAGACCGAAUAAUAUUUCUGUGGGAUUUUAAUCAGUUUUUGUCUAAACUGGAAGGAGUCUUUUCUUUCUGAUCGUUUAUCUGUGUGAUACUCAACUUAUAGCUCAGGAAGCAGGUUUGAAAAGCCUGUUAUGUUUUUAACAAUCACCAAAACCACUGAGCUGAUCAGAGCUCGAAACUGCAAAACCAAAACAAUCAUUAGAUUUUAGCUUUCCUUCGCCCCUUGAACUGCUUACCUAUGUGUUUAACUAAAUCUAAGUUUAAAGCUGUGAACUUCCAUCAUAAUCACCUCAUUCUGUCUUAUUUAAGUAUGUAACACACAAAAAUCUGUUUUAAAUAAUAAUGAUUAACUUCUAUUAGUAAUCACUUGUGUUUAUGCUGCCUGUCAGUAUAAAAAAUGUUUGAAGAUGUAAAGCUGAUACCAUUUAACUGAGUGUAGUUUGUUGGUUGAACAUAAUUUUAUUAAAAGCUGUCUAUGUCAGACUGAUCACAAUCACCAUACCUCUCUACCUCUUCUGUCCCUCUCAACCCACCGGCCAGCAGGCAGAUGGUUCCCCCACAUAAAGAGCCAGGUUCUGCUCAAGGUUUCUUCCCUGUUAAAAGGGUGUUUUUCUUGCCACUGUCGCCUUAGGCCUUGCUCUGGGGGUUCAGGCAUAGCGUUGGCAACACUUAAACCAUCGUUCCAGUUUCAAGCAAAUUGAAUAAGUGCUGUGGUAUGACUGUCUUUUGGCUGCAGGUUCUGGGUCAGUCCUGCAUUUUUCACCAGUUUGUAUCCACAGUUUUCAGAGCAGGUUUCAUCUGUACAGUAUUUAAGAGUCUAAACAGGAGUUUCAACUAAAUCCACAGUUAAACUGAAAUAAUAAACACUUCAGCUGGGCUCUAAAAAGUUAUUCAAGGGACCUAUAGUCUGUCAAAAAAAAAUGCAUGGCUACGAGAUAAAAAUUCAUUUCUUCCGAUUUAGAUCAACCUUUUAGAGUGACACCUGAGGAGAUCACCUGUCCCAGCAGGUGAGUGUGGAAGUUGGAAAUACGCUAAAUAGAAAUGACUCAACACAAAGCUACAUUUGGAUGAGAAAUGGUGACAUCUGAGUGGUUUCAGAGGCAAAGAGCAGGACGACAUGUUAAUUAAUGGUGAAUGUCACACACAAAACCUGUAGAACGGGAAUGUUUUGGUUUCAUAAAACAAAUCUCCUAUUGAGCAAAUACAUCUCAGAUUCAUUCCUGCAUCUACAUUUUAAUCUAGUAUUUUCUAUUUUGAUGAACUACAGAAUAAUUUGCAGUGUUUUGUUGAUUUUGUUGUUAUGACAUCACACAUGACAUCACACUCUUUGUGAUGUCACGUGUGAUGUCAUAAUGGCACCACACAUGACAUCACAAUUUUUGUGAUGUCAUGUGUGAUGUCAUAAUGGCCAGAAAGUCUAUAAAUACGUUUGUAAACCUGGAUUCAACUCACAAUUUCACAAAAGGUGCGUGAACGUUGGCGAUUUUUCAAAGCUGCCAAAACGCAAUUUGAUAAAAUGUCGGCACGCCUGAACAAGAUUUUGGAGAGUAUUGUGGAUCUGGACGAAGAGCAAAGCGAGUCUGUAGUCAGAAGCUCAGAAAGAUGUCCUUCAGCAGGAAGGCCUUCUGAGUCUGUGUCUACAGUCAACUCCAGGGAAACUUGUGAAAAAGUUUCCAAACAGACGGUCCAUGAAGAGUCUGAGUCCGAUGACAGAUCCUCCUAUCAAGAACCAGCGACUGAACUGGUCUCUGCUCCUGAACCCGCCACUUCCCAGGUCAGAAAAGAAUCACAUUCUUCGCUCUACUUGUCCCCCGAAGAAAAGGAUGUCGUCGGCGCUCUGCUGCUGAAGGCGAUGGCAAAAUUCCUCUGUAAAUCCAAGGGGUUAGUCACCUCAGAGGAACUCCAGCUCAUCCUGAAGCAACUGUUGAUCCUUCUGGAUGAACGCUACCUGUCACCUGACUUCAUCACAAAAAUAACCCAGGAGAUGGACAAAAUAUCGAAGGCCAUGGCGAAGGACCUUGAAAGGAUGUUUGGCUCUGCAGAAAAGCUGCUGGAGGCAGCGACGACUGCAAAAGAUGAAUCUUUUAAGGAUGCUGUGUGGAUGGUUUUGCAGGUUAAUUUAGAAGCCAUCCCUCGACCAGACAAUUUGAGAUCUAGAGUCUCUAGGUUCUUCUUAGCGGUGAGAAGAUAUCAAUUUUCCAAGGCUGCCAAAACGCAAUUUGAUAAAAUGUCGGCAUGCCUGUACAGGUUUUGUGAGAGCAUUGUGGAUCUGGAGGACGAGCAAAACGAGUAUGUAGUCAGAAGGUCAGAAGAGUCUGAGUCUGAUAACAGAUCCUCCCAUCAAGAACCAGCGACUGAACUGGUCUCUGCUCCUGAACCCGCCACUUCCCAGGUCAGAAAAGAAUCACAUUCUUCGCUCUACUUGUCCCCCGAAGAAAAGGACGUCGUCAGCGCUCUGCUGCUGAAGGCGAUGGUCAAAUUCCUCUGUAAAUCCAGGGCGUUAGUCACCACAGAGGAACUCCAGCUCAUCCUGAAGCAACUGUUGAUCCUUCUGGAUGAACGCUACCUGUCACCUGACUUCAUCACAAAAAUAACCCAGGAGACGGAUGAAAUAUCGAAGGCCAUGGCGAAGGACCUUGAAAGGAUGUUUGGCUCUGCAGAAAAGCUGCUGGAGGCAGCGAUGACUGCAAAAGAUGAAUCUUUUAAGGAAGCUGUGUGGAUGGUUUUGCAGGUUAAUUUAGAAGCCAUCCCUCGACCAGACAAUUUGAGAUCUAGAGUCUCUAGGUUCUUCGUAGCGGUGAGAAGAAACUAUCGCCGUUUGAAGAGGAGCUGGGUGGGAGUUAACAUCAUAGCGAUUACAAUAUUUAUCCUUUUUUUUAUAUCCACAUUUCGUUUGUGAGAAAAUCACAGUAUAGAUAAGUCCUUUAUUUCUCCCCACGCCAGGGGAAAUUGACAUUGUUACAGCAGCUUAUGUAGCAAUAGGUGUAGUAAUAGAAAAAAAAAAAUAAUAGAACAGUAGUAAUAAUUUUUACAAUAUGUACAGGGAUGAGAAAUGAGGACGAAAUAGUACAGUAUUGACAUACUGUAAGACAAGAAUCACAGUGGCUUAAAAAAAAAUAAAGCGCCACCAUGAAGGUCAUAUUUUGUAGUUAAAAUAAAAAUUAAAUAAUAAAAAUCAUAAUACCAGAAUAUUUUUUCUCUUUGUUGACUGUGUGCUGCAGCUUCUCAUGAAUUCUUUCUUCUUCUCACUUGUUCUGAGUGACUUUAACAGACUUUUCUAACAGACCUUUUUUAUAUUUGUAACUUCUGCUGAAGACAACAGAUUAAUGUGGGUCUUAUUGAAUAAAGUAUGUCAGUGUCUGAACUCAGCUGCUCUGAUCCUCACGUGAUUAUUCCGGAAGCGUCUCUCUGUGACAUCACACUGGGAGCUGUGCCACUCACACCACCUAGCAACAGCCAAACAACAAGCCAGAAACCGAAGAUGUUUAUCGUCUUCAAACUCAACCAUGAAUUCAUUUUUUUUUCAGCAGAAAAAAAUUCAGAACAAAACAGAUUAGCUUCCAUAUAAUAAAUGAUAAAUAAAUGCAUUUUCCACUUGUUCUAUUGGCAGUUUUUUUCACUUAUUUCAAGGUAAAAGUUCCUUGAAAUAAGUUUUUUUUGUUGUUUUGAGAGGAGCAUUUUUUCCAGUGCUUCUCAACUUUUAAGGUUUGUGACUCUUACAAAUAAACAAAUACACAACCGUUCAAAAAUUUGGGGUCAUCCAGACAAUUCCAUGUUUUCCAUGAAAACUCACACUUUUAUUCAUGUGCUAGCAUAUCUGCAAAAGGGUUUUCUAAUCAUCAAUGAGCCUUUCAACACCAUUAACUAACACGAUGUAGCAUUAGAACACAGGAGUGGAGGAGGAAAAUGUUCCUCUGUACAGCUAUGGAGAUAUUCCAUUAAAAAUCAACAAUAGUGAUCUGCCCCAAAAAAAACAGUUAAAAACUUUAAAAUUGUGCAUACGUAUAUAUCAAAUUUAAUAGAAGGGCUAUAAAUAUGUAAAACAAUGUAUGAAUUGAACGUCAAACAAUAUUUUCCAUAAAAAGCUGCCGACACUGGAAAAAAAUGCUCCUCUCAAAACAAGAAAAAAAAAUUAUUUCAAGGAUCUUUUACCUUGAAAUAAGUGAAAAAAAAAUCUGCUAAUAGAACAAGUGAAAAAUGGCUUGGUAAGAUUUCUUGAAAUAAGAUAUGAUAUUUAGAAUAUUGAGAUCUUAAAAUUAGCUGGGAAACUUAUUUAAAGCUAUAUUUGCCAGGAUUGUCAAGCUUAGGUGUCUUAACCCUCCUGUUGUCCUCAUUUUCAGCACCAAAAAAUAUUGUUGCCUUGUCUGAAAAAAAUCCCAAAAUUCAGCAAAAAUUUCCCCAAAUUUAUAAAAAAAAUUUGUAAAAUCUUCAGGAAGAAAAUUCCUUAAAAGCUUCCCUUAAAAGUUUUAUUUAAAAAAAAAAAAAAUCCCCAAAUUUGGCAAGAAAUAACAUU